CCGAGGGACAACCAAAGCAACCGUGAUUCGCAAGCGUACCUGCUCCCAAUAUGCUACGACCGACGUCAACGAAGUAACCAUACCUCGGCUGCCAUUAGACUCGUAAUAUAUUCGAGGGGUGUCUUAUUUUUGAUUCUUAAGUUUCUCAUGUAGAAGGGCCGCACUGGUGGCUCCCAGAUUUGAGCCAUGAUCUCUGCAACACGACGAUGGUUUCGCCGAAACCGAACCCCAAUCGCGAUUGGGGUCGGCGUCUUGGGCGCUGGAUAUAUGGCCGCGCAAUAUGUACUGGGGAAGCUGUCGGAUGCGCGCGAGCGCAUGAGCAGUGAUCGCAUAGCAAAGGAGAACCUUCGGAGGAGGUUCCAACAGAAUCAAGAAGAUUGUACAUUUACCAUACUCGCACUUCUCCCGACGGCAACGGAUAAUGUUAUGGCUGAGCUGGAAACAGAGCGGAUCACUUUCGCCCUGCAGGAGCAGAAAGCCUCGAAAUUAGCAAGGGAGGACCGACCAUCGGACCUAGGCUCAACACCACCGUCUGUGACAGACGAUGACGGAAGAAGUAAUAUCAGCCAAUUCAGUGAGAGCGGGGUCCAUGCAAGCCAGGCCUCUCUGCCUCCCACCACAGCGGAUGAAAAUGCUCCCCAAAAUGGUGCCCAACCAGCACCGACACCACAGAAAUCGAGGAAGUCGAAGUUGCAACUAUGGAAUGACUUGAAAAUCAGCGCUAUCACUAGAGCUUUCACUCUCAUAUACACAUUAGCACUUCUUACGCUCCUCACUCGUAUCCAGCUUAACUUGCUAGGCCGUCGCAGCUAUCUCUCCAGCGUUGUCUCAUUAGCCACAGGCGGGCUCCAAGAUUCAUUUAUCAAUCUUGAGAACAACGACGAUGACAACACGGACCAAGCAUACGGCAAUGACUUCGAAACCAACAGGAGAUAUUUGACGUUCUCCUGGUGGCUGCUACAUCGAGGAUGGAGAGAGGUUAUGUUCAAAGUCCAGAACGCAGUUAAAGAUGUGUUCGGCCCAUUAAGCCCGAGGGAUGACCUGUCUUUAAGCCGGUUCUCUGAGCUGACGCUUGAAGUCCGAAAGAGAGUUGAGGGCGCUACCGAGGCCGACCGUCAGUCCACCAGGUGGCUCCAAUAUCUCCUGCCAUCCCGGGACCAAGAGGAUUACGUCCUUCAACAGUCGGGAAUGUCAGCUGAAUCGCCUGAAUCUACUACCCUUGCUUCCUCAAAUGCCAGCCCUCUGCGACGCUUAUUAGAUGAAACGUCGGACCUCAUUGACUCGCCGCCAUUUACAUACGUCCUCACGCUUCUCCUCGAUGCUGGAUUUUCCACCUUGGUGGACCAGAAGGUCGCUCAGCAAGCAUUCAAAGUGCCUGCCCCACCCAGCGACCCUAACUCAGAGCCGAGAAUCCAAGAGGUAUUCGACCCAAAGCCAAUGAAGCUACCCAUCGUCCUCGCAACCCUCACGCGCCAAGCUCACCAAAUUGGCAAUGGCGUCCCGAAUGAUUAUCUCCAAGCGAUGGAGCUGGUUGGGGAUCUUGAGGCCUUUGCGGCUGUUGUAUAUUCUAGUAACUGGGAAAAUGAAAUAACGCCCAUGAGCGACGAGGGUGUCGCUAAGAACGGAAAGGCAAAGGAGCCAAACGGAGGUGACCAGGCGGAGUCUGGUAUUCUGGGAAGCAGCAUUGUCGAUGUUGGGGAGGCCAGCGCGUUCGAGAGUGCCUGGGGUAAAGCGACGGAGUCUAGUGGAGGGGUUUUUGAAUCUGCUAAAUAAGUAAACGAAGAGGGUAUCACUAGUAAAACAUGUAAUUAUAUAUCACGAAGUCAUCCAAACAUAUACGAUCAUGCAUUGCAGAAUAAAGCGG